CUGGAUGAUCAUAAGACCGGGCUGUGAUUGAGGACGUCAGACAAAGGGUCAAGUGCGGACUCAAGUGUGAUUUAACAAAUAUUUCGCGAAAUAGGCAUCUUUAAUCCGACGGAAUUGGUGGAACAAGGUCUGAGUUACGUGGGGAAUGUCAUGGAACUCAUAGAUGUUCAAUAUCUUAAGAGGGGUAAACAAAGUAAAAACAGAGAAUGGGCAACACUGGACUAGGAAAACAUAAGGAUGUGCACAGCUCAGAUUCUACAUUAGAAUUUGAAACUGGCAAGAAGAUGUUCCCAAGUGGACAGGAAGCCAAAAUGGUUUCAUCAGCAAAAGAGCGCGAAUUUGAUGAAAGUGACUAUGAUUUUGAUGAUGACCUCAUGGAACCAGAGCCUCCACUGAAGAGGACUGUACCAACAGUAUUUGGUUGGGAACAUGGUGGCCGGGAAGUUUUACUCUCGGGGAGUUUCAAUGACUGGAAAACAAGAAUUCCAAUGAAUCUUAGCCAAGGAGAAUUCUCAGCAAUACUUGAACUUCCAGAAGGGGAGCAUGAGUAUAAGUUUUGUGUGGAUGGCCGCUGGAUCCAUGACCCAAAUGCUCCAACUACAAAUGACAAUUUUGGAGGUAGAAACAAUGUGAUCAAUGUAAAGAAGUCUGACUUUGAAGUGUUUCAAGCUCUGGAGUCUGAUGCUAGUGCAAGUAUUGGUUCUGCUGGAUCAAUCAAAUCAGUAUCAGGAUCUCCACCUGGCUCUUAUGGCCAACUUAUUCCAUCACAUCACAACCCUGUUAUAGUACAAGAUGGGAUGCAUUCUAGCGUACCUCCAGUUCUUCCUCCACAUUUGCUCCAUGUAAUACUAAACAAAGAUGUGGUGGAUCACAAUGACCCUUCCCUUUUACCAGAACCAAACCAUGUGUCUCUAAAUCACUUAUAUGCUCUCUCUAUAAAGGAUGGAGUCAUGACGUUAAGUGGAACGCAUCGCUUUAGGGAGAAAUAUGUUUCAACCUUGCUGUACAAACCAAUUUGAGUGGCAAGAUACAAAACAUGUUAAAAGACUUAGUGUAUUGAUAUGGACUGAAGGUGGAAUGAAACUGCAGACUUUUUUCCCAGUUCAGACAAAAUGUUUGUACUAUGAAGUACUUAUACUUCCCAUAAUACGGCAGCAAUACUUGGUUUGCAAAGUUUACUUAAGGGCAACAAGGAAGGAUGAAGACUUGUAUGCACAAGCUACAUGUAACGCAUAACUCUCCUAACUAGCUUUUGCUUUGUUGCAAAUUCUGCUUAGAUAUUUAGAAAGAGGUUAUCUCAGAAAUGAUUAAUGUGCUGAUUCUCCAUGCAGAGAGGUUAUGAGAACUGACAAAUUUAUCAGCAAGAGGGCAUUUUCUUGAUACAGGACCAAAUUUAGUUGUCUAAUUUAAAAGGAAAUGCAUGGAAAGCAGUGGAGAGAAUUGAUCUUUGGAUCAUGGGAUUAAGGGUGAAAGGUUUUGCCACUCCUCUGGAAGGUGUGCGAUUGGAAAGAGGAGACCAUGUCAUAGCACUUUCUAAUAAUUGUGGUACUGUUAAUGAAAGAAAAUUUUGUAGCUGUAAAUUUUUAUUCAGAGUUUUACAGGGAAUGAUUUAGAAAAACAAAUUGGGGAGAGAAAUUUAGAAGUCUAGUAGGGAUCAUGAAGGCUCUCUUUUUUAAGCAUUUUUUUUGUAAGAAGGUUUGUGACUAUACAACUUUAGAAUCGAUGAGUUGUGGCAUACGUUUAAUUUCUCUGUGUCAAACAUGACUUAUGCGCCAAUCUUUAUGAAGCCUCAACAUACUUUCAUGCUCAGAAGGGGUGGGGUGGGAAUUUGAAUCUUACUUAGCUGGGUGGGGAAUUUGAAGUGGAAGUGUGGAGUCUUUCAAGCAGAAUAAAAGUGUUAUAUCUUAAGAUAUGGAGGAAA